AAUAUGGCAACCGUGGUGAAGUCUGCAUGAGCCCGUGUCUCAAAAAAAAUGUUUUGAAUUUGUUGAGUCAGACGUGACGAGUCGUCGACAAUUUCAUUCUAGGUCAGUAAUGUGAAUUCUAACCUUUAUUAUUGUGUAUUAUCUCGCGUUCGUGUUAAAAUACGAGUUGAAAUUAAAAUCGCGUUUUUCCCUGUAAAAAAAAAAAUUAUAGGGACAUUUAUUUGGUAAAGGUGGUGUCUGGUGUAAAGUACCAGCCACGAAGUUUUUGGUGCACAUAGGCACACGUAGGCUAGUAGACUAGAGAGUUGGCUCUUACAUAUUUAAAAAGGGAUUCGAGAUCCAGCGAGGUGAACUCCUGGAGCGGCGGCGCCUUCAACGAUGGGUAAACAGAACAGCAAACUCAAGCCAGAAGUGCUGGAAGAUCUUAAACAAAACACCGAGUUUUCAGAUGCGGAGAUACAGGAAUGGUACAAAGGAUUCCUGAAAGAUUGUCCAAGUGGACACUUGAGUGUUGAGGAAUUCAAGAAAAUAUAUGGAAAUUUUUUCCCUUACGGUGAUGCAUCGAAGUUUGCAGAACAUGUCUUUAGGACGUUUGACGCUAAUGGCGAUGGUACCAUUGAUUUCCGGGAGUUCCUUUGCGCCCUUAGCGUUACUUCACGGGGAAAAUUAGAACAAAAACUGAAGUGGGCCUUCAGUAUGUACGAUCUUGAUGGCAAUGGAUAUAUUUCACGUCAAGAAAUGUUGGAAAUCGUCACGGCGAUCUACAAAAUGGUUGGUACUGUGAUGAAAAUGCCCGAGGAUGAAUCGACGCCUGAGAAAAGGACGGAUAAAAUCUUUCGGCAAAUGGACAAGAAUAAGGAUGGAAAAUUGUCAUUGGAAGAAUUUAUUGAAGGCGCAAAAAGCGAUCCCUCUAUAGUGCGACUGUUGCAGUGUGACCCUAGUGCACAAGCCCAGUGAGACCCUGGGCAACCGAAUGUUAUGCCAUGAGCGAUUCCACAUCGAUAUUCGGUUUAAUGAUGCUUAUUUUCAUCCCAAGAAAUUCCCGACGUGUCUGCAUAAGAAUUUUGAUUAUCUAGCUCUAGUCCUCCAGUGUGCGCCACAACGAUCAAAAAAAAAAAAAAAAUGAGAGACAAAGAUCUCAAGAACGUUGUUGAUCUGCAUUUCGUUUUUUUUUUUUUUUAAAUCAAAAAAUAUAAUUUUCAAAUCAGCUCUAAAAAAAUCUAAAAAUCUCUCUAAAUCUAAAAUCAGCUCAAUCUAUUUGAAAUGUAGAUUAAUUUUUUCUCAAUUGGAAAAAAAUUGCCCCGUUAUAAUAAUGAAAAAAAAAAUUAAUUGAAUAGAUAAAUAAUUUUGGUGAUAUUGCAAUUCUUUAUCCUCAAGAUGAGAUGGAGAUGGUUUUCUAAAAUGCAAUUUAAUGGAUUGAAAAUGGCUGUGAGAUAAUCACUAUCCAUAGUUAAAGGUUCAUUAAAAUCGCGUCGUCAAUUUGAUCAACAAGGUUCUUGUAAUUGAAGUUUUCAUUAUAAAUACAAACUUCGUAUAAAAAGACUGCCAGGUCGAUUUCGAAUUUUUCUUUUUCCCCCAAAAAAAAAUUGUGUUUCAAAUUAUUCACUUAAUAAAAAAAAAAAAAUCUGGAUUGCUAGAAAUUCUUCUGGAAACACUCAAAAUUUCUGGAUCAAGACAAAAAAAAAUUCCAUCGAACCGGAAAUCGAUUGGUGUCCAGGGCCACUGGGCCCAAGGCGCUUGCGCAGACCGCAACUCCGUCUCUUAUUUUAAUGAAAAAAAAAAAGAAAAGAAACUCAGUGAAUUUCAUUUGGAUCUGACUCGAUACUGCGUAACACGAUAUUUUUUUUUUGUAAUCCAAUUAAUUAAUUUUGCUGAUCUAAAGUAGUCGCGUCUUAUUAUUAUUCUUCUUUUUUUUUGUAUUGGCGCUUAGUGGGGCGUCUUAUUCGCCUGAUACUUCUAACACCGUUCUUUUAUUAAUAGUCUGUGAUACAUUUACAACGAUGUUAAAUUUAGUUCUGUGUCGCAAAUUCGUGUACUUUGUAUCGAACUUUAUAUUGUAUUUGCGCUCAACACGCGACUACUCUUGACGGUCGGCUUUUUUUUUUUUUUUUUUUUUAUUUAUUUUUUUUUACAAUUCGUGUUGAAUCAAAAACUUGAUAUCACGCGAGAAGAAUAAUUGAUUGAUGUAAUUACAGUAAAUAACACUUUUUCUCUUUUAUUAUUAUAUAGAAAAAGGAAAAUAGUUCUGUAAAUUUUAAGAAUUUCGAUUUAAUUUUCUACUGGAUUAUCAAAUAAAUUUGAUUACAAUUAUUUUGAAAAAGAGUAAAUUUUUUUUUCAAAUUAAAAUUAAUUUUCUCUUGAAUUAAUAAUAAAAAUUAUUUUUUAUUUGAUAGGACAGUGAAGAAAUUUAAAUAUACUUUUAAUUGUUUCAAUAUUUACAUUUUAAAGCUCCUUUCACUUUAUUAUCUUUUUUUUUUGAUAAAAAAAAUAUCAUCUUUGAUGGAAGUGAUAUUUUUAUUUACAAGCAAAAAAAAAAACAUGAAUUUCCCAUAAAAAUAAUUAAUUAGAAUUUUUAUUAUUAAAUAUUUUAUUAGAAAUAAACGAAUUUUCGAAUUAAAAUUUGACAGAUUUUCUAUUUAUACGAAUUUUUAAAUUUCAAAAUUUUUGUUUAACGAAAUUUUCUUUUGGGAAAAUUUUCAUUUUACUUUCAUUUUAUUUACAUUUUUAUUUAAAAGAAUUUUAAUUUAAGCGAAUUUUUAUUCAACAAAAUUGUCAUUCAAUUGAAUUUUAUGUGAUUUGAAUUUUUAAAGCGAUAAAUUUUCAUUUCACCGAAAUUACAAAUGUCCGAAUUGAUUUCGGCGCAAUUUUUGAAAUGGACCAAUUAGAAAUUAUCAUGAAAAAAAAGUUGAUUGGUCAAUUUUAAAAAUUGCGCCAAAAUCUUUCUGUCGAUUGUUUGUUCGGCCAUUUGUAGAUUCGGACAAAUGAAAAUUCGGUGUCUUAAAAAUUUUAUUAAUUAAAAAUUCAUACAAAUAAAAAUUCAGACAAAUUAAAAUUCGGUGUAUUUGAAUUUCUGUCAUUUAAAAUUUCGAAUCACAUAAAAUUCGAUUGAAGGAAAAUUCUGUUAAAUUAAUCAAUUCGGUAGUUAAAAAUUUGUAUAAAAAGAAAAUCUAUCAAAUUUUAAUUUGAAAAUUCGUCUUAAAAAAUUAUUAUUUUUAAUAAAAAAUAUUUUAAAAUAACAAUUCUAAUUGAUUUUUAUGUGAAAUUCAUGCGCUUCAAAAAAAAAAACUUUUUUCUAAACUUUUUUUUAAUUCUCUCACUUAUUUUGUUUAUAGCAAUCUAAAAUUCUUCAUCGCGUGAAAUUCAAAAAUUAAUUUUCGAAACUAAAAAAAUCGAAAUUUUGUUCGAUUUUCUAGUUUCAAAUUCGUUUUACGCAGAUCGUGAUUCUUGUUCUUCAAGCGAAUAUUAAAAAAAACAACUCCGAAUAUUCGAAGGCCAGUUAAAUUAACAAACUAAAAAAAAAAGUAAAUAAAUAAAAAUCGAUUUUUAUUCAGCCGCUUUAAGAAUCUCGAAUAAAUUAAUGUCUUUAAUCAAACUUACAUUUAGUGAAACUCGUACGCUUUUUAAAAUGUUGCCGACUUUUCUCCGAUGAUGCGAGAUCCAAGUUUUCAAAUAAUAAAAAAGUUUCAUCCGAUAAUUGAAAAAUACUCGAAAGUUAACAAAAUAAAAAAAAAAAUUAUACUUUUGAGUUUUUAAAAUAUCGGUCUUUUUUUAAAUUACUUUUAUUGGAAUUUUUUUUUUUAUUGUAUAAGAAUCAUUUUGUGAAAAUUUUCUUUUUUGAGAUUAAAAUUCAAAUUGCCAAAGAAGUAAUUACAUAUAUAUUUAUAUCCUUUUUGAGAAUUAGUUUUUUUUUUGACGAUGAAAGAAAUAUUCAGAGAGUGUAGAUAUAUAUUUUGGUUUGCAUCAUCGAAAUGUAAUUUAAUGACUCGUGUCGAACUCUCGCGAGUUAAAAAGUGAAUAAGUAGAGAAAAAAAAAACUGACCUUCGACUUUUCAGUGACAUUGACACAAGGAGGUUUAAAAAAGAAGCUCGUUCGUGGUAAUCGAUGAUCCGCGAUUUUUUAGAGAUUUAUUUUUCGCGAAUGACUGUAAUUUUUGAAAACUCUAGUUUAUGUGCGUGAUUGCGGAGAAAAUGAAUGUGUGACUUCGCCAGAAUGCAAUAGCGAAUCUAUAACGAUGACACGUAUUUGUGUCAUAUAUGAAAUUAUAAUAUAAAGAAUAAGAAAAAAAAAAAGAAAAUAACAAAGGAAACUAGGGUGCAAAGUUGUGUAACUUGAACAGGUUUUUGUGUGUAAACUGUAAAAGAAACUGCAUCGCAACAUGGAAAAAGAUGAUUAAAAAAAAAGUUUCGACGACGAUGAUUCAUUGAUUUAUUAAAAAAAAAAAAAUUAGCGAAGAAUCUAGGUUUUUAUUUUGCGUGUGAUAAUAUCCUGUUUUGCUUUCAUAGAUUUCUUUCUUUGAAUAUUUAAAAAAAAAAAUCAAUUUUAAAGAACAAGAAAGAAUUUUUAAUU